UGCUACCAUUUGCACCAUUGCCAUCUUUGCCGCCACCCACCCACUCCUUCUUCUUUUAACCUCCACCGAAGAGAGAGCGACGCGCCGCGCCCCAUCCUGGAUCCCGUCGUAGUCUAUUUCUCAAAAGGACCUGCGCCUGCCUACGGUGGCUGAGCAAUACAGCGCGCCGUGCCUGGCUGCCUCCCGCCCCGCAUCUCUUUGCAUCACCACGGAGCACGACAGGACCACAAGGCCACACCACUACCUCUUCAUCCACAUCUGGCAGUAACCACACCAUCCACAUCUGGGUCUAGUACUGCCUCCCUCUCACCAUCCACUCUCGUCUCGUUCGCAUCUGCGGCCGUAGACAUCACCACAUCGACCAUGUCCCUCUCGUCAGAGGUCCACUCGCCCUUUUACCAUCCUCACAUCACUUCCACAUCCAGCAGGACUGCCUUCAACGAGGACAGCCCACCAGGCCUCACCGCCUCGGGCUCUUCUGACGACGGCUCCUCACCUUCGUCCGUAGCGGGCGGUAGGGCCCACUCGGCAUCCUCUUCCUCCUCUUCCAAGGCAGCAGGUAGCUCAAAGCCGGGUCUCGGUGGAUCCAGCUACCACCAAGCCAUGAGUCCCUGGGCUUCUACCUCGGACGACAGCUUUGCAGGUUCCCGUAGAGGAUUUGCAGACGACGACAUGGACUUUGCUUCCUUUAGCAGUGCCAAUGAGCGUAGCUUCAGCCAAUCCAGUGGCGGCUACCUAGCAUCGCCCGCCAUGUCUACCUCACACAACAACUUUUCCAUCAGCGCUUCGCCGGCCAUGUCCUCCUCUGUCUUUGCCUCACCCACCAAUGAUGAGGCAAAGGAGAUGAGAGCCGCUUCGCAGAGGAUGAGCAAUGUCAAUGGUGGCCACAUGACGGCCCCCAUGAAGGCAUAUAGCAAUGGAACGCCAUGGGCAGAUGAGCACAUCAAUGAUGAGCAGAUGUUCGAUUCCAUCAUCGAUGAAAACAGCUUCGGACCUCCAUCCACUCGCACCUCAGAAUACAGUGGCUCGCCGCCUCCCCGUUCGUCGCAUCUUUCAUCCGCCUUUGGAGCUAUGCAGAUUCCUAACAGCUUUGCGUCGACUUCGUCCACGACAAGCACGACCAACAUCAAGACUGAGCAGCAGUCAGAUGGAUGCCCUACCCCUGCAGCUGUCACGGCCUCUGCAACCCCAGCAUGGUCGCCUCGCGCAACUACUUCAGCCUCGGCCAGCACAUCAAGACGAGGCUCCAUCGAUGCUGCCAAGGCGGCGAGCAUGAUCAAGACUGCUAGACGGGAGAGUCAUGGAGGUUCGGCGAGCUCCGAUGGAGAAGUCUCGCUCUCUGCAGCGGUCGUGUCAAGACCUGACGCGGAUAGUCUCGCAGACCUGCAGAUCCAUGUACAUGGCAUUCCCGCCCGUGGUGCCAAGUCGAGAGUGGAGACCCAGAUCAAGGCUCAUCUCGAGCUCGUGAGACCACUUUCUUCUGGCAAGGGGUCAUCGGAGGACGUAGCUGCAUGGGAGCGCAUCGGCAGCUACUCUCAUCUCAAGCUACCCCCGCUGAGCGCUACCAAGCGCAAGACGAAGAAGAAUCAGCAGAGCAUCGGUGACAUCCCCAAAGAGAAGACUCUCUACCUUGAUGUAGCCGUGGUCAAUGCCUCGCCGCCCCACCAGCGCGCUUUUGCCUGCACUGGUUGCAGCGAGCGAGAGAAGAAGCGAGCAGAUAGGAGAAAGAGCUGCAAGGCAAAGACUGGGCCGCUACCCACAGAGGAGGAGAUGCGCAAGCUUGGCAUCGACCCUCAAGACCCCAAAGCAGCCGAAUUGGCAGCCGAGAGGCUCACUCACGAGGAAGCAAAGCGGAUCAUCCUCUUCAAUUGCGGCGACUACAUCGAGUUCAAGGAUGGACACGCUGAGCUGCCCACGCGAAUCACCUGCUACUGCCGCCACCACAAGGAGAAGUUGGGCUUCUGCAUUUUGUUCACCAUGCGGAAUUGGAAGGGCAAGACAGUCGCUUGCGGGUCGACUCCUGCUAUCAUGAUCACUGACGAUCACAAAUCGUCAGCUGCUCUGGAGAGGUUCAGGCGGGAUGCAGCGGCAAAUAGCAAUGCUGCGCCCAAUGGGGACGAUGCCGAUACCUCCGAACAGCAGAGGCGCAGUCGCUCAGCGACGUCCUUCGAUCGCAGUCGGGCGAACUCGUACGAUGGUAAUGAGAACGGAACGGCAGGUGGGGCAAAUAGGCACAAGGUCAAAAAGAGCCGGCCGAAACCGUAUGAUUCGCAACGGCGCUCUGCCUCUGGAGUUGGCGGCUUCGGCAUGACUGCCCUCAGCAGCAAUGGCGGCUCCACAUUGGAUACGGUCGAAGACGUUGGGAAGGAUGAGCCUCAACCAGAUCUGGUGCAGAUGCUCGCUGCCAUCGGUAACGAGAGAGCAAGCCUGGUGAAUUCUGGAGCCGUCACCAAUGCGGAUACGAGCCGCAUUGCUUCUCCCGAGGUGCAACAGCAGCCACAAACACAUCCAGACUUUAAUUCUUUGCUCGCCGAGGGCUCCAUUUCCCCCGAUACGCUCAUGACAAAUCCUCUCAGUCUGCCCAACUUCGACUUCACUCAUCCUGCCAUUGCGCAACAGAUGCUUGCUCUUCUUGGUCAUCAGGGCUUUAUGCCUCAGCUUUCUGGGGUUAUGCCAAUGGGGUCUGACAUGCAGCAACAUCAAGCUCAAAUGCCACAACCGACUGAGCCAGCGCAGCCACUUGCCACAAUUUCAAAGGUCAUUCCUGGCGAAGGUCCGACCACUGGUGGUGUCGAAGUGACGAUCCUCGGAGACAACUUCGCCGAGGGCAUGACGUGCUUCUUUGGCGACAUUGCUGCCAGCUCGACGAGGGUAUGGGCUUCCAAUGCGCUACUCUGUGUCCUGCCACCCAGCCCCAGUCCUGGACCGGUAGCUGUGACCAUCAAGACUGCAGAGGAGCUCAACAGUGGUUACGUCCAGCCGAGGCCACAAGGUGCACUACAGCUCUUCACGUAUGUCGACAAGUCCGACACUCAGCUGAUGGAGCUAGCGUUGCAGGUGGUGGGCUUCCAGCAGACAAGGACGAUGCAGGUGCCUCGGGAGAUUGCACUUCGUCUCCUGGCCACUGGACAAGGAGGCUCGGGAGCAGCGAAUGGAGGUCAGCAGUACUCUGGGGGCGCUCAGCAGCAUCAGCUGGGCACGAAUGGGCGCAACGCGAUCGCAGGCGUCUUCGCAGCUGCUGCACAGACUAGCUCGCACGGCAGUCUGGGAGAAGGAACCUCGACGUCGAGCUUCCAGGAUACCAUUAUCAACUUCCUCUCGCUACUGGAAGUUGACACUGGUAUGCCGCGCCGUGAGGAUGCCAUUCGCCUCGCCAACUCGAGUGGACACACGCUCCUACAUCUGGCCGUCAUCCUCGGUUUCCACAGGCUUGCCUCUAAGCUCCUCGCCCUCGGUUGUCCCGUCGAUGCACGGGACCGAGGAGGCUACACUGCCCUGCACCUUGCUGCUCUCACUGGCCGCACUACGGUAGCUCGCAUCCUCCUCAACCAUGGCGCUAGAAGUCUGAGGACAUCGCAUUCUGGUCAGAGUCCAUUCGACUUUACCAUCCGUCAAGACUAUCCUGAGAUCGAGAGGAUGUUGAGGGACUCGGCAAUUCAGCAGAGCGGUACUCUCCAAGGGUACUCUGGAGGCGGCGGAUACGAUGGUGAUGAUGAUACCAUCAGCUCUUACUCAGAGAGUGAAGAGGCCGAGGACGUUGCGGAUGCGGAUGACGAUUGGAGUAGCAGUGAGGAGGAAGAGGAAGAGAGCGAGGAAGACGACGUAGAAACGGGCGUCAUGGACUCGUCUGACUCUACGCCACGAGCAGUCACAAGCCCUCUGGCACUCGAUUUGGGAAUGACGAGUCUGGACAAGAAGCUCUCCCCUGCCAAGCUGGACGAGAAGGAGAAGAGUGAAAAGCGUGGACCGCUCGCUAGCAAUCACGCUCUGCGCAUUCUCGCCAACAAGCUUCCCGGUGGAGUGAGCUUCUUGGACGUCACGGAUCGACUGCUGCCACACUCGCUGCAGCAACGCAUGCAAGCCGUGGCCGUCUUCCAGAUGACGAUGCCUGCUCCUCCUAGCCUGCGCAAUUGGGUCAGCAGCAGCGGUAGCGCAACCAGCGGAGAAGGCUCUGCUGCUGCAGAGGGUGGUAAAAGUCAGAAAGUCAGUGAGGACGCGCUGGCUCAUGCUGAUGAGCACGAGGAGACUUCUCGUCUCACGACAUUGUGGAGACAUAUUCUCGACGAGACGAACACUUGGAGACUUUCUGCAGGCCAUAUCGCUCCGCCGCCGGCAUAUGAGACGGCUACUGCUACGCUCUCUGAGGCUGUGGAUCAGGAAGGGACAAGUGCAGAGCUAGGAGAGAACACGAGAGAGGAGACUGCCUCGACUGGUCAGGCUGGCCCGUCGAGUGCUUCUUCGACUUCUACUUCGGCAACUGCAACACCAGGCACCGCUUCGACUUCCGCUCCACUGAAGCACCGAAGAUCCUCCCGUCGCUCCUCCCCCUCUUCUGCUCCUUCUCCUACUUUGCCCUCCUCCUCCACCUCUUCUCCCCCAACCUCCUCCUCGCCCUCUUCUUCGACCUCAACAACAUCAACAACAAUGGGAGUCGAAGACGACUGGAUGCUCAAGUGGUUCUGGCUACCCUGUCUCAUCCUAGCACUCCUCUUGGCAAUGUUCUCCACUGGACCCCUUUCGGUAAAGAGCCUACUGGGGUAUGUUCCCAAGAUUGGAGGAGGAGUGGCGAGCGCUGCGGCUGCGGGGAUGGGAGGGUUGGCUGGAGCGGCUGGUGCAGGAGUGGGAGCGGUUGGUGGACCUGGACCUGGACCUGGACCUGCUGGAGUGGGGAGGGGAUGAUGAUGAAUAACUUCGAGGGCGCUUCGCUUCGCUGCGUGUAUAGAUGGGUCGAUUGCUUUUCUUUCUUUCUUUCCAUAUUACACUACAUUACGCUACGCUACACCACACUAUACUUUAUCGCUUCUCUUUUUGGAUUUGUACUCCUGUUUCCUGUCACGACUCUCCUUCUUUCCCACCUUCCUUUCUUUUGAUUGAUCAGUUGAUUGAGUUAGUGUGUGAUGCCCUUGAACGUUUUUGAUUCUCUCUUAUAAUUGUACAAUG